ACCAAGCCUCCCAACCAGCUGAGAGCUAGCAGGAGCAGCAAGCGAACCAACGACUCCUCCGGUCGCUCGUCGGAGCCAGGCAAGGCAACGCAGCAUGUGUAACCUCAUCACGAUCCCGUCGGUCGCCUGGCUGCGCCGCGCCGUGCGCCGGUGGCGCGCCCGCCGCUCCACCUCCACCCCGGUGCCGGCGGGGCACGUCGCGGUCUGCGCGGACGGCGCGCGGUUCAUGGUGCGGCUGGCGCACCUCAGCCACCCCGCGUUCCUGGAGCUGCUCAGGCAGGCGGAGGAGGAGUACGGCUUCCCGUCCGGCGCCUCCGGCCCUGUCGCACUCCCCUGCGACGAGGACCGCCUCCGCGACGUCCUCCGCCGCGUCUCUUCCUCGUCCGACUCCACGGAGCCGCGCCGCUCCUCCUUCUGCCGCCGCCGCGGCGACUCGCGGCCGCUGCUGCAGGCGGUGGCCUUCCUGUGAGCGCGCCCGCGCGGCGGCACCGAACGAUCCAGCAACGCAGCGCCCAAUUUCUGGGUGCCAGAGCAGCAACUGGUGACAGACUCAGCACUCCGGACGCGGGAAAAAGACGAAGGCCAUCAAGACCGUUCGGGCCAGCGUGGCGGCGUGCUCCCGUGCCGUGCCCAGCGUAUUGCCGGCCGGCGAUCGGGCGCGUACUGGAGCUGCGUAGUACAGUGCGUGAUGGGGAAGUGAUGUUACAUGCUAGUAACUGAUUGAUUGAGGAAGGCGACGAUUUUUUGGGUUCUUUUUCUCUGUAACGACCACUCAACUCGCC